UCCUGCCACCUACCGAUGCCGGCGAGCGCGGCCCGCGGCGGCGGCGGGCCGGGGCAGGCCCGGGGCAGGCCCGGGGCAGGCCCGGCGCUCCCGGGGCGGUCACAGCCGGCGCUCCCGGGGCGGGCCCUGCCCGAAACCUCCCCGGGGGAGGGCGGCGGCGCUGCCCUAAAUAGCGGCCCGGGUGCCGUGCCGUGCCGUGCCGGGGCAGCCAUGGGCGAGGCGGCGGUGGCGGGCAGCGCGGUGCCGCCGCUGCCGGCCGCGGAGGCGGGCGGCGGGCAGGUGAACGCGCUGACGGUGCUGGCGCUGCUGGAGAAGUUGGUCUCCAUGCUGGAGGCGGUGGAGGGCAACCAGCGGCAGAUGGAGCAGAGGCAGCGGGGCUUGGAAGGGGCGGUGCGGGCCAUCCAGGGCGAGCUGGUGAAGCUGUGCCGCAGCCACGGCGCCACGGGGCAGGCGGUGGAGAAGCUGCUGGAGAAGUCGCGGAAGGUGUGCGCGCACACCCGCGCCGUCAGGGAGCGCCUGGACCGCCAGUGCGACCAGGUGCGGCGCCUGGAGCAGCACCACGCCCAGCUGCUGCGCCGCGACCGCUUCAAGGUGCUCAUCUUCCAGGAGGAAAAUGAGAUCCCUGCCAGUGUUUUUGCAAAAGAGCCCGUUCCUAGCAUUACAGAAGGAAAAGAGGAGCCUGUGGAUGAGAACAAAACCCUGGAAGAAACCUUGCACACAGUGGAGUUGGGUUCAGAUGAUGACAUGUUUCCGGAGGGAGAUGACUUGGAUGACAGUGCAGAGGAGAAAACAGAAGAAUCAAGAGCUGAGAAGCUUAAAAGAUCCAGCCUGAAGAAGGUGGACAGCCUGAAGAAAGCAUUUUCCCGCCAGAACAUUGAGAAGAAGAUGAACAAGAUCAGCACGAAGAUCGUGUCGCCUGAACGGAGAGAAAAGAUCAAGAAGUCACUCACUGUGCAUCACCAGAAAUCCUCCUCUGCGAAGGGCUCAGGUUUCAAAGUGGGGUUCGGCACGAAGAAAGGCCGUGAAGGAGAAAGCCCUGCAGAGGCUGAGGACAGGCCCUCAGAGACCGCCAGCAACGAGCAGGCUGAGAACGAGGAUGAGAUGUCCUUCGCCGACAUGCACUCGGACAUGACCCCCACCACCUCCCUGGCCGAGGAGGGCAAGGCAGCCGUGGAUUCUCUGGAGAAGGAGACCAGAGUGGAAGGCAAGGCCGUGAUGAACAACAUCGAGCUGUCCAUCGUGGAGGAUGAUGAAGAGUACGGGGUGCCUCUAGAAGUUUCUAGCCAGAAACUGUUGGAUGAGAGAAACAACCCAGCUGGCGGGGAGAUGGAGCAGUCUGAUGAAGAAACGACCCCAGCAGCCGUCCUGCAGGUGGACCAAACAGCGUAGGCAGCCCAAGCCCCCCUUCUCCUGCCAGACACACACGGCUUUCCAUAGGCGAGGAACUGGUUUCACCUGCACAGGCAGGAGAAGCCACUCUUCCAUCCUUUCCUCCGCAGUGAUAAUUUAUUGCAUCGUGUUGGAAUGCAGAGUGGGCAAGGUCAACGACUAAAGCUGCAACGUGCUCUGUUUUAGGCCCAGUCACUGGUGUUCAUGAAUUUUAGAGAUGCUGCCAGCUGGUGUCAGACUAGCAGGAGGAGGGGAUGUCUGAUAGAAGCAAGCUGAUCAGCUGGCUUUCUUAGAGUUAGGUCAGAGGAAGGCGUGGAGAGUAGUCAAGACCCAAGCAUUUCUGUUCUCUUUUCUUCCCCCCAGUAUUUGCCAGCACUGUGAGUAGUUUUGUAUGUAAAUGUAGGAAUACCAAUGGGAAUGUUUGAUUUCAGUUGCCUUGCCAUGCUCUGUGAAUACUAACAGCCUCAGUAAUUGUGCACACACGUACAGUUUGUUUGGGGCUUUGCUCCACGGCACCAUAGGACUAAAAGAGCAGACGACUUGGAGGGCAAAGCUGAAAACCCAGCUCCAUCCAUUUCAGUGGGGGAAAGAUUUUUGCCAGUAGUCACUUGCUAUUCAUUUAGAAGAAGUCACUGUGUUUAGGUGGGGGGCAGGGCAAAAAAAAAAAGUAUUUUUCAAUCUAACAGAGUUAUGGAAAUACAUUAAUGAGAAGCAUGAAUGUGUGAUCAGUUACUGUACCUUUAAGGGUUCAGAAAUUGAAGAGAAAAAAGUGUUUUAUAGGAACAUGAAGGUAUCCUGAAGAAAAUAUGAAAUGUAAAAAAAGCAAAAAUAACCCCCCACAGUAUUCAAUCUAUACUCCAGCUUAAAGUAUAUAUACUCAGAUAACACUAAUGAAUUCAUAGUCUUUGUAGCAAUAUACUAUCAAAUUUUGCACCUGCACAACUUUGUAUCUCAGAGUAUUUUGAAAAUAGCAUAAUUUAUCUUUUUACAGAUUAUUUCAUAUAUAGAGCUAUAUCUACACAGGAGAGUUAGAUAAUUACAGGGAUGUAAGGACAAUUUCUUCAAAAAGGUGAAAUACUCUUUCAGGCAUGUCCAAAGGGAACAAUGUGUUAUGGAUUGAACUUCAUGGCAGGGAUGAGUUUACCUUAGUACGAGCCUGCAAAGCCACAGGAUUUGGUUCUCUGCUAGUAACUUUGGUCAAAGUCACCCACCUGCUCUCAAAAUUACUAGUCUGUAAUUUUUCAAAAUUAAUUGAAAGUGAGAGGUUGUGAGGUAGUUUGUUCACUAUGAAUGUUCAUUCCUGUCACUUAAGGGGAAAGGGAGGAAAGGGAAGCACAAUACUCAUAACAGUUCCCUUACAUCCUUGGUUGUUUAUGCAGUGGGUUAUUUUUAUUUUUUUAUAUACAUAAAAAUUCUACUGAUACUUAACAUUGCACUAAAAGGUUGCUUCCUUUUGUGUUUAGAAUCACGAAUUACAGGGGAAAUACAAGCUACAGCAGAAGUACCAUUAUGAAAUAAUUAACAGGUAUUACUCCACAGGGAUAAUAUCUGUAACCAGUAAAUCACACUGGAAGUUAGUCAGUCAGAGCUUAGUGUAGGCAAGUACUGUUAAGAGUUAAGCUCUUAAGUGCAUGGUAUCAUAUAGAAGAUACUGUUUCUAAGAAAAAUCAUGGCAUAACUCGUGCAGCUAUAUUUUUAUUUUGUAUUAACUACAGUGGAUUUCAAUAAUUUUUACUUGUAACUAACUAUGAAUAUGACAAAUAAAAGCAUAAUAUAAAACAGA